CUUCGUUCCUCUUUUCCUCGCCCGGAACCCGCUGCUGUGAUUAUCACGCCCUUCAUCAAUUUCUGUCACGACUUGGUUCGAGAGGCUCGCUUGGGCGCCGAUAUACGCACGAGGCUGAAUAUCCGCCCGCGAGAUGGAGAGUCAGUCCGGCUGUCCUUCCUCGGCCGCCGCCAACCGCUGGGAGAGGUUCAAGGCGGUCAUCGAGCGACUGUACAUGGUUGAGAAGAGAAAAGUUUCUGAAGUAGUUACGAUCAUGAAGAAUGAUCAUGGGUUCGACGCUGGUGAGAACCAAUAUAAAUACCAGUUCAAGAAGUGGAAGUGGAAGAAGAACAUGCUUGCCAGGAAGAAGACCGAAAUCGCGACACAGCUGCAAAGCAGAGCUGCAGCAGGAAAACCGAGCAGUGCAAUAACCUUUCAGGGUAGACCAAUCGACCAGAAUAAGAUAAGGAGACAUUUGAAGGCCACAGCUCGCCAAGAGUCUCGAGAUAUGGUUCUGAAAAGGGCUCCUCUUGCUACCGGGCCUGACGUACUUAUGGUAGAUUCUAGACCUGUACUAUCGUUUGCGAACAGCAUAUUCCUCAAGUGGAAUAUGCCCUAUGCAGCCAUGCGUCGAUUCCAAGUGCAAUCUUUCAGCCACGCUUCACCUUCAAGCUUCUCCGCACCAACACCUGGUAGCGACAUUGCAGUCGUCACUCCCUCCGCUUCCGCCGAUCCACCUCGGGACGCACCUUCCCCGACGGCACUACAUCUGAAAGAAAAAGUAGCGAUUGACCGCGCCCACCUGUUCGUUCAGGGACAGCACGACAAACUGUUGAAGUCCAUGGACAAGGAGGAAAGGAUGGAAAUGUCUACAUGGCUGUAUCAGUAUUGGUUUUUUUGCUUUAAGACAGCCAAGAACUGGGGCAGAGGCCCGCGGGUUUGGACAGCCGAUUCCUUAGGCUUUGAUCGCUUCCACGACCCUGCUCAUCGUAGCCUGCCCAGCACCCCUAGCGGUGGCCUAAAUGUCGACGGCCCACGGCCACCGGAGGUCUUAAGGCCCAGCAACCUUUGCCGAUGGCAUAUACACGUACGUCAGGAUGAAGAAGAGGACUACGAGGAGCUCCCGGAAGAAGAAAUCACAGCCGACCUCGCAGCCACUGCUGAUCCAUACGAUGAAUCCACUUGGGGGCCGUGGCCGAGUCAGUGGCAAGAGCCACCGCUACAGGCUAGACUCCGAGAUGCUCUCGAGCACAACGACUUUAGCACGAUCCGGACAGAAACUCUACCCGUCGCUGUACCGCAAAUCGCCAAAGCUGCUAAAAGAUCUCCCGACGAGCUUCUCCAAGAGUCCCUCGGUUUCAGCAUCAUAAGCCGAGACGUAGACCAAGUCGAAUCAAUUCUGCGUCAGGUUCAACGUGAGAAGGUCGACAUCAGCUCUCUUCACCCAUGUCACUUGGCGACGAGUUAUUUGGACGGAUCAAAAUCUUGCUGCAACAUCUUUUCAGCGCUCUUGCAUUUAGGUCCAAAUCUCCGACACAUAUACACAAACGACAUGGGUCACACAGUGUUGGACAACUUGAUGAUAGCAAUCCUAAAGUCGCACACAUCGGUAACCCCUACUAUCGCCGACCCUGCGCUACGAGAUAUGUGCCGCUUCCCCGGAGAAGAAGUAGACAUCUGUGGUCGUUGGGACGCAGAUUCUGAUUGCAUUCGACAUCUCCUGGCCAAAGGUGACCCUUCCAUCCCCUUCUCGUGGAAACACAAAUUCUGUCAUACUUCCGUCCAAGCGAUUUGUCAUUGCAUUUGCCAGAUAAGCCAAUAUUCCACAGCAAUGCGAGGGGCCGCGAGCGGAUUGUACGUACGUCGCUGUUUCGAUUGCGGCAUGAAGCUACAGCUUCAGCCCCUUCACUGCCUCGUGGUGACUGCAUAUCAUGUCGCUUGCCACGGCUGCGAAGACGAAGACUUGUUCGGCAUGGUCGCUUGUCUUCUUUGUCUUAUCGCUAAUGGCUUUGAUACUCGAAAGAUGGCGAGUAUCUCCAUUACUGCACUCGUCCAAAAUGCGGGCCUGGAGUCACCUUGUGAUCAUGAGGAACUCUCUCCUGCCGAGCUUUCCCAAAAGCUCUCAGAAACCCCUGCAUCAAGCUCCUGGAGUGCCGAAGUUAAGACGGGUUGGUCCGUAUUUUGCGGGAUAUUGUGCCUUGAUCAAAACAACAGUGAGGUAAUAGACUCUGAGGGCGAGAUGAGCGAACAUUCAGAGGUCGAUGAUAGAGAGUUCAUCGGCACUGAUCCACCUGCCGAUUUUUUUAGGGGGGACCAUUUCGGGUUCCAUAACCAGGCGGGACUCUUCCGUCUCCGCGAAGAUCUCGCAACACUUUGGGCUGCCGUUCAAGCAGAGCUCUCAACAUACCGGCGCCUGGAUGAGAGAUAUGGCUGGACCUCCGAUUACUUCAGCAUGGAGCAACUCCGGGACCAACUCGAUCGAGGAGAACAUGUUUCCGUCAAGUACGCCGAUGCUGGCUUGCUCCAAACUCACUGUGUCUGUGGAUCAUUUUCCACCUACAGAGGAAUACCUACGUUAUCUGAUACCACCACACAGUAUAUCGCGAACCUUGAUGUGUGGCAAAGGGCAACUUACUCGCACCUACCCGACUACUGAUGGUUGUUUUUCUUCGCUUGGGCUGUACUUUUCUUUCCAACUCUCUUCACGCAAUGCACUUUCUAUUCUACCAUGUAUUUUCCUAGCUCAUCUCGUACCUCGCAAAAUAAU